AUGUCCUAUGAAAUCAAGCGAACAACUCGAGCGAUCAGUCAGAGGGUAAUGUUGCGAGACGACGAAAAUGAGAAUGACCAACAUCUUUUACCUAUAGGUAAUACCAUGAUCAUCGCAAGACCAACAGCAAUUAAUAAUCCCCACCAAGAAGAGGAUAACAUGAGAAAUCGCCGCCGUGAAAGAUAUGAAGGAGUAAAAAUAUCCAACAGCAAACGUCACACUUAG